CUUUUUCUUUUAUUUUCUCUAUUAUAUCAUCACUAUCAACGAUAUCCACCUCGAAGCCGUUGAGCCUUGACACUACUGUUCCUUUUUUUCUCCCUUUCGAGCAUUACCAUUACCAUUACCAUUACCAUUUCAUCAUGCGUUUCUUCCAAUCUUCCUCCUCCUUGACCACUCUGGCCCUCGGAGCGGCCAUUCUGCCUCAGUUGGUCCUCGCCGUGCCCGCACCUCAGCCGCCUCAUGACCACACCAACCCCAAUGAGCAAGCCAACAUUGAGCACACCUUGGUGAUGCACAUGUCGCAUCAGAGCCACGGCGACCACGACCAUGAUCAUGAUCAUCACAACCUCGACAAUCAUCGCUGGUCACACAACUUUGCUCACCCGGAACUCGAAUGGUCCCUGGAUGAAAAGACGUUGGAAGCACUCAACAUGAAGCCUCACCACCACCAUAACGACAAGGACAAGGACCACAAGUCCAAAUCCACAGAUCCCAAUCGAGGCAAAGGUAACGGCCGAGGUCGCGGCGGCGGCAGACCCAAAACAACAAAGCCCACAAAUCCCACCACCGUCAUCGAGCACAAAGCCGGCAUGUCAGUGCUCGACGAGGUCGUCGACGUCCUCGAGUAUAUCGACCACCAAGCCAGUCGCGUCAUUGAGUUUCUGACCAAUUCUCCUCUUCCCACCGCCGUCCUGCAGGCCGGCCUACCCGCCGCCCCGACAAAGACUAUGCCCGUCAAGUCGUGGGACAUUGAGGACGAGGAGGAGCACCAGGCAGAUGCGGAAGAACCUUCUUCUUCUAUUAGUCAUGACUUUGGCGGUCUGACAGAAGAAGAAAAACAGCAUAUUAUCAAACAAAUCCAAAUCCACCGUCCCUCCUCGUCGUCGUCAUCGCGUACUCGUACCCGUGCUAGGCCGCAAAAGACGAAUGCGCCUGGCGCGCAUGUGGAGCACGCGCAGAAGCAGAAGCCGAUUGCCUCAGAGGAGAUUUAGAACCGUCCAUAUUCGCGGUAACUCGAUACCGUGAUUAUGUUACUUUAUCCCCUAUUCAUUUCCUAUUCACUCCCAUUCAUUUCUCCAAG